UUACGGGGGAUCUCCUUAAAUGCCUCCAGAUCAGCUUUGGGUUCAGUAGUGACAGCCUUAGAGUAGUCUUGGGUUAGUAGUGGCCAUAGUUGACAGGGUCUUAUCCUGUGGUCCUUAGGAAGUCAGUCAGUAGGUUAGUGUGUCCGGGUAGGGCUACGUGGUGAGGAGUGGGACCCUUGUCGUGCACCAACACCACGAUGGAUGACUACCCGAUGUAUGGGUUGCUGGUUGGGUUCUCCCUCUGGGGGACCCUCUGGCGUCUCCUCUUUCCUCUGGGAUUUUGGCAUACCUUUGCGUGUAGAGUAGGGCCCACUCGAGGUGGUACCGCCACCCAACCAUACAUGAAGGAGGAGGAGGAGAAGAUGGCCACCAUCCUGCAGGAGAGAAAGGAGAAGAAGGAGGCCAAGAAGAAGGCCUUGAAGGAGGAGCAGGCGGCCAAAUUGAAGAAGAUGGAAGAAGAGAUGGCCAGGGAGAAAGAGAGGUUAAAGAAGGAAGAAGAAGAGAAAUUGAAGGCGGUGGAUGAAGAAGAGGGCGGUCCGCCAAUGCAAAGGAGUAGCGGGCAGCCCAGUAGUAGUAUCGGUGGAGACCUGGAGAAGAGGAUAUCUGAAUGGGUUGCCAACCUGACUGUGGGAGAAGAGGAAGAGGUUAGUAUGUAUAUCCCGCAGGAUCAGCAAGAAGCUGCCAUGAAGGCUUGGGAUGCAGAGAAAGACCCUCUUAAGCGUCAAGCGUUGGAAGACGAGAAGAGGAUGGAAUGGAAAUUAGCGGUGAUGAGGGAGAAGAAGAGGAGAAUUGACAAGGCAGCGGAGGCGGCAGAGGCCUUAGAAGAAGUGAAGAACAUAGAGGCGCAAUUAGCCGCCCAGCCCAAUCUCCCGAAUCAGAUGCGAGUCAUAGCUCGGAGCGUCGCAUGCCUGGCACGGGUUCAGGCAGACCAAUAUGACUUUAGCAGAAGUCAUGACAUAGCUGUGCGCUCGAUACGGUUGGGCUUUCGAGACUUUGCUCGUGAGGUGGUAGGCGUCGUUGGAGCCGAGGUGGGUCACCGCCUCAACAAGACUGAGCGGUUUUGCGCUGGCGCCAUUGAAGGCAUCAAGGCGGCAGCUCCCAAGGAGGAGGAAGCACGUCCUCCUCGCCGGGAGCCUGUCAAAGUCAAGUUCCCCGAUUCCUAUAGUGGGAAGAGGGAGGAAAACUUUGACAAUUGGGAGGCCAACGUUAAGACCUAUGUGCACUUGCAACAGGUCUCCCCAGAUCAGCAAGUCCUAAUUGCUAUCCACGCCCUGAGAGAUGAGGCCGCCAGUUUUGCAAGGUCCCUAGUUCGCGCUGCCAACUGUAGUGAUGACCCCGUUGUGUACUCCUCAUUUACGUCCCUCAUCGAAUUCCUGAAGUUGUUGCGCGAGCGAUUUGAUGAUGUCGCUCGCAGUGUCAAGGCCUCAGACAASCUCCAAACCAUCCAUUCUCGUAAAUGGAAGAGUGCCAGGGCACUCAAGGGUACAAUGGAUGAGUUGGUGGCCGUCCCUGACCAUGGGGUCACAGAGGGUCAAUUGGUCAACCUCUUUUACCGGGCUAUGCCCGAAGCCUUUCGAGGGCAGUUCUUCGCGAAGAGCGAAGACCCUGCCACCACUUACGAUUCCCUUAGUUGUGAGGUGGUGGCUUUUGAAGCGAAGUCAGUGUCCCUGUCCACCUUUUGGCAUAAGGAUUUGGACAAGGGAAAGCAAUGGAAAGGCCGCACUAUCUCAGGGCAGGUAAAGACCAAGGAUAGCCUUGUCCUGACUUUAGAUGAGGGUAGUGUGGAUGAGAUUCCCUACGACCAGAUUGAGUGGGGAUUAAAGGAGGCGGACAGCGGUGUGGGCCAGGGGAGAUCCUACGCUGCUGUCGCGGCCGGAGGGAGGCCGCAAGGAGGAAGAGGCCAGGGCCAAGGGGGCCGGGCCUCAGGGAGUCGGUUCCAGGGCGAUCAGGGGGUUGGCGGCCGAGGAGGGAACCUCCAAGCGGGAGGUAGGGGUCAAGGUCCCCCGCAAAACCGUCCUAGGAACAGGACCCUCGAAGAGCAUCAGGGUCAUCUCAGGCAGGUCUUGGAGAAGUUGAGGGAAGCUAACUUCAAGAUCAAUGCAAAGAAGUGCGAUUGGGCAAAGACCCAAAUUCUGUACCUAGGCCACGUCUUAGACGGAGACGGCGUUAAGCCAGAAGAUAGCAAGAUCGUAGCGAUUAGAGAUUGGCCCACGCCACGUACGCUGACAGAGUUGCGCUCGUUCCUGGGCCUAGUUAACUACUAUAGGAAGUUCAUGAGGAACUUCUCCACCAUCGCUGCGCCCCUUCGCAGAUUGCUGAGAAAAGAGACAAUCUGGAAGUGGGACAAGGACUGCACGUCUGCCAUGAAGAAGCUAAAGCAGGCAUUGAUAGAGUACCCGGUCCUUAAGGUCGCCGAUCCGUCCUUGCCUUUUGUCGUUACUACGGAUGCUAGCCAGUACGGCAUAGGCGCAGUAUUACAGCAAGAUGAUGGCAAUGGCUAUAGACCCCGUAGAGUUCAUGUCCGCCAGGAUGCCUUCAGAGAAGGUCGCGACAUCUACCUAUGAAAGGUUACUCUACGCUCUCAAGCAAGCCUUAGACCACUGGAAGCACUACUUGCUUGGGAGGCACUUCAAAG